AUGGAGGUCCUGAGAGAGAAAGUCGAGGAGGAGGAGGCAGCUGAGCGUGAGGAAGCCGCUGAACGGGCAGAAUGGGCUGAAAAGAUGGAGAAGAUGAUGAAGACAGCUGAAGUGAGCAGAGAGGAGUCUGUCCUGACACAGGAUGAACUUCGAGACCUGGAGAAGAAGCUAACGGCCAUUGAGAUCCCCACCCCAGCCGAGUACUCGAUCAUAAACAAGGCCCUCAUUGAUGUCACCAAGCUGCCUGCUUCCUACACUAGCAACUCACCCAAGGAGGAGCACCUGCUGCAAGUGGCGGACAACUUCUCCCGGCAGUACAGCCACCUGUGCCCAGACCGCGUGCCUCUCUUCUUGUACCCGCUAAAUGAGUGCAAUGUGCCUAAGUUCGUGAGUACAACCCUGAGGCCGACAUUGAUGCCCUACCCCGAACUCUACAACUGGGACACCUGUGCCCAGUUUGUGUCCGACUUCCUCACCAUGGUUCCCCUGGUUGAUCCACUCAAGCCGCCCACGCACCUGUAUUCCUCGACCACUGUGCUCAAGUGCCAGAAGGGGAACUGCUUCGACUUCAGCACCCUGCUCUGCUCCAUGCUCAUUGGCUCCGGCUACGACGCCUACUGCGUCAAUGGCUACGGCUCCCUGGACCUCUGCCUCAUGGACCUGACAAGAGAAGUGUGCCCGCUCACCGUAAAGGCCAAAGAGACAGUCAAGAAGAAAGAGAAGGCAAUGCCUAAGAAGUACGCCGUCAAGCCACCGCGGGACCUGACCAGCAGGUUUGAGCAGGAGCAGGAGGAAAAGAGACUGCAGGAGAUCAAGAACAUGGAAGAGAAGCAGCGCAAGGAGGAGGAAGAGCGCCUCUUGAAGGAAGAGAAGGCGAAGCCCGAUCCCCUGCAUGGACUGCGGGUGCACGCCUGGGUCCUGGUGCUGGCCGGGAAGCGCGAGGUGCCCGAGAGCUUCUUCAUUGACCCGCUGACAGCGCGCAGCUACAGCACCAAGGACGACCACUUCCUGGGCAUCGAGAGCCUCUGGAACCACAAGAACUACUGGAUCAACAUGCAGGACUGUUGGAACUGCUGCAAGGACUUGAUCUUCGACCUGGGAGACCCUGUGAGAUGGGAGUAUAUGCUCUUGGGGACCGAUAAGCCGCACCUGUCCUUGACUGAGGAGGAUGACGAAGGCCUGGAUGAUGAUGACGAUGUAGACGAUCUGGGCAAAGAGGAGGAAGAGAAGAGCUUCGACAUGCCACCUUCAUGGGUCUCCCAGAUUGAGAUCACACCUGAAGAGUUUGAGACCCGCUGCCCCAAUGGAAAGAAAGUGAUCCAGUACAAGAAGGCCCAGCUGGAGAAGUGGGCUCCAUACCUCAACAACAAUGGCCUGGUGUGCCGCCUCACCAUCUACGAAGACAUACAGUGCACGAAGGUUCUGGAGAUAAAGGAGUGGUACCAGAACCGCGAGGACAUGCUGGAGCUGAAGCAUAUAAACAAGACCACGGGCCUGAACGUGGACUACUUCAAGCCGGGCCAUCCCCAAGCUCUGCGUGUGCACUCAUACAAGACUAUGCUGCCCGAGAUGGACCGCGUCAUGGAGUUCUAUGAAAUGAUCCGUGUGGAUGGCCUGAUAAAGCGGGAGGAGACGCCCAUGACCAUGACAGAAUGCUAUCAAGGGCGCUCAGACUUCCUCUCCUACCGCCACAUCAAUUUUGGACCCAGAAUCAAGAAGCUCACCCAGAACAGCGCGGAGUCCAACCCCAGGCCCAUGGUGAAAAUCACGGAGCGGUUCUUCCGCAAUCCAGCGAAGCCUGCCGAUGAGGACGUGGCAGAGCGUGUGUUUCUGAUGCUGGAGGAGCGCAUUCAGCUUCGCUACCACUGCCGCGACGAUUACAUCACCGCAUCCAAGCGUGAGUUCCUGCGGCGCACGGAGGUGGACAGCAAAGGCAACAAGAUCAUCAUGACCCCGGACAUGUGCAUCAGCUUCGAGGUGGAGCCCAUGGAGCACACCAAGAAACUUCUCUACCAGUAUGAGACCUUGAUUCAACUGAAGAAUGAAGAGAAGCUGUCUCGGCAUCAGGCCUGGGAGUCAGAGCUGGAGGUGCUGGAGAUCCUGAAGCUCAGGGAAGAGGAGGAGGAAGCACAUACGCUGAGCAUCUCCAUCUAUGACACCAAGCGCAACGAGAAGAGCAAAGAGUAUCGGGAGGCCAUGGAGCGUGUCUUGCAUGAGGAGCACCUGCGGCAAGUGGAGGCCCAGCUGGACUACCUGGCCCCGUUCCUGGCACAGCUCCCCCCAGGCGAGAAGCUCACGCGCUGGCAGGCUGUGCGCCUCAAGGACGAGUGUCUCAGCGACUUCAAGCAGCGCCUCAUCGACAAGGCUAACCUCAUUCAGGCGCGCUUUGAGAAGGAGACCCAGGAACUGCAGAAGAAGCAGCAAUGGUACCAGGAGAACCAGGUAACCCUGACGUCCGAGGACGAGGACCUGUACCUCAGCUACUGCUCUCAGGCCAUGUUCCGAAUCCGCAUCUUGGAACAGCGACUCAAUCGGCACAAAGAGCUGGCUCCGCUGAAGUACUUGGCACUGGAGGAAAAGCUCUACAAGGACCCACGCUUGGUAGACUUCGUCAAAGGCUUUGUUUGAUGCCCCUCAUAGGACCAUGGCAAAAGCUGCCAGAGAAUGGAGUCCUGCCCUUUUCCCUGGCUACUGUGA